ACCAUGGAGGCCAGAGCUCUCUGCCUGCUGCUGCUGGCCCUGGCCUUGGUGCCCUCCAGCUGGGCGGAGGCCUAUGUUGGCCUGUCGGCAAACCAGUGCGCGGUUCCGGCCAAGGACAGAGUGGACUGUGGCUACCCCGAGGUCACCCCCGAGCAGUGUAACAACAGGGGCUGCUGCUUUGACUCCAGCAUCCCGGAGGUGCCCUGGUGCUUCAAGCCUUUGCAGGAAACAGAAUGCACGUUCUGAAGCGCCACCCGCUGCCCCAGCGCCUUGGAUGGAUCUAAGACUCUGCGGACCUGAGGCUUUGCGCUCUGGGCGCCCUGCCCACCUUCCUGCCUUUCUGCCCCUCUCCCGGCAGGGCUUCUGCUGGAAGUUGAUGUCUGGGGCCUGAUGCCUUAAAGAAUAAAGAUCCCGUGCUCGGCACGAGGACGGCUCUUCUUCCUGA